GUGACGUCACUAGGAAGCGCCGAUUGGAGGAUUCUGGAACUGACAAGUGCGAAGUUUCCCGAGAUCUGGAGGAGAGCUGUCAUUGUGGCCAGCAGUGUGUGACUCCUGGAGGUCAUCAUGCCGCGAGGUAGCCGCAGCACUUCCCGCACUGCGCCCAGCCCUGCUCCCUCUCAUGCCCCAGCUCCUGCCCAUCCACCCCCUUCUGCUGUAUCCACGGCCCCAUCCCAGGGGCCCGGAAUAAUGGCUCAGAUGGCUACUACAGCAGCUGGUGUGGCAGUGGGGUCAGCGGUUGGACAUGUCCUUGGUGGAGCACUGACUGGUGCCUUUAGCGGUGGCAGCUCUGAGCCUGCAAAGCCAGCUCCUGUACAGGAGACUCCAAAGCCCCCUGCUGUCUCCCCGCAACCUCAGUCACAAUAUAGUCCCUGUCACUAUGAAAUGAAGCAGUUCUUGGACUGCGCUACCACCCAGACUGACCUUAUUCUGUGUGAAGGGUUCAGUGAAGUGUUAAAGCAGUGCAAACAGAACUAUGGUGUCACCUCUCUUUUGUGAUAUCUGUCAGUUGCCCAGCUGGCGAGCAUACCCAGGAGAAGCCACUUUUUCAUCACAAUGCAUUUCCGUUGUCUGCUUUUCAUGUUCUAUCUUAAAAUUGAUUAAAAUAAUAAAUCUAGAUGUAUUUAUAUUUUCCUGCAA